GGGAUGCUCAAGCAGAACACUGUCCAAGGAGAGGCAAGCAAGAGGGGGGGGAAAAGACAUUAUUUUUUUUCUCCUGUAUAGUCUUUGAAAAGCCAGGCAACAGCAUCUUUAGACAAGAUGUGCUCUUGCAUGAAUUUAAGUGGAAGAGACAAAGAAACCAUGCCACUAGCAGCAUCGGAGAAAAAAACUGAAAUCACCAAGCAAUGAGAAUUCAAUCCAGGGAAUCUGAGGGGAAGAAAAAGCAAACUGGCAAACAGGGGAUCAGUCAGGAAAUAAUUCAUGUGGAAAGGGAUACAGAAAACUUGGUAUCUAAAUCAUUUUCACAGCAGCAGCAUCAUAUGAAAAUUCUGUUCUGAAAUUUCCAUCAGGAAGUGACGAGCACUACGAUUAAGAUCCACACAACAUCCUCAGUGCCACAGAUUCUCAGUUACCUCCAAAGAAGGUCUUCCCUUUCCACAGAGAGAUCAGCAUCAAGAGAGAAAAAAAAACACACAAGCAACAUACUGAUGGGAAUAACCAUCCAAAACAUCACAGGAAACACGGCAGUGGUAAUUUGGCCAAAAAUGGCCGGUUGUGUUGACAGCUUUUACAGCAUCAUGUACCACCCUAACUGGAACAACAUGCUAUCCAGUUACUCGAGAAAAAGCUUUCAGAAGGAAGAGAGGGUGCCCACCAGUCGCUCCUCCUUUGUUGUUGAAAACCUAACUCCACUAACCACGUACAUCAUGUGCGUGACCUGCCAGUCCGCAAACCCCUCCAGUGACCAGUGCAGAGUGUUUAACACACUGGAACGAGACCCGGCAUCUGCGAGCAACACCAAGAAAGAGCUGGCACUGGGCAUCUGGCUCACCAGCAGCAUCCUGCUCCUCAUCAUUGCUGCAAUCCUCCUCUACGGCUGCCUGCAUCUCCUGUGCCGCAGGAGACACGAGCGCUUGCAAGAACAAAACAGGACCUCCAAACAAGACCACGAGGAGGCAUGGACCAAAAGCGUGGCUUACACCUCAGAGGAGUUCAGCAGACAGAGACAACAGAUGCAGGACACUGAAGAAAAGCAUCCAGGUGGCAUCCAGCUGGCCACAAUCAUAGAGAAUCCCUCUGUGUGCAACGAGCCUGUCAAGUCGACUUCUCGAAGUCGGGAACAAGUCCCAAUAACGGGACAGUGCUCUGCUAUAAAUUAGAAACCCUUUGUCAGGGAGAAGAUUUUUACUACGUAUGAUAUCCCAACUGCUUCCAACACAUCACAUGCAUUGCCAGCGCUCACAACAGGGAGCUCUGACUUCUCACCCCAGCACUCUCAGUUGUACCUCUGGUGUCAUAUCCCUUUCCAACAAUCUAUACGCAUCCAGAAGUACUCAGAAGCAAAGGUUCACAUUCCCAAGAAGUGAGCACUUCAGUUACACUCCAUUGUUUUAAAAUGAAGCAUGUAGCAAAUAAUUGGUUUACAUUUCAAGGGGAUUUUUUGGUUGCUUUUCUUUAGUCUAAAACAGCAAGCAAAUAGAAAAAUUAAUCAAAAGUGACCAUAAGAAUUUUUGUAGGUUUUUGGGGUUUUGUGUGGGGUUUUUUUUUAACUAGAGUGAAUAAGACUGAGUUCAAGUUUUCAGA